CCUUGCUUCCCAUCAAAUGGCAGCCUCCGAUCGCAGCUAGUGCUCCAGGAGACAUAUGACACUUCGUUUGGAUGAGCAACACCAGAAAGAUGCGGAUUUUACCAUUCUGAUUUCGUAAGGAAAACAGAAGAGGAUACAGAAGAAUUAGUUAUCUAAACUGAGCUCGUUCUUGUGAGAUAAAAUUGUUGACCUCACUGGGUAAGAAACGUUAUGUUAGCCAGCUAGUUAGCAAGCUAGCUAGCCAGCCGCUGCUUUUCCGCUGCUGCCUCCCUCCACGAGGGCUGGCCUCCCCCCCUAAGCUGCAUCCCCCCUCCGCUGUGGCCCCAAGCCCUUCCGAGGCUUUCUUUUGCCUGCUGCAGUGUGUGUGGUCAUGAAAAGCUGCUUUUGUCUGAAAAGGAAGGACGCUGUGCAACGAGUAACAAAAUCCUCCGUGAUGCCAGAGGUACGGGACCUGUCGGACGCACUGCCAGAGUUACCCAUGGAUCCGAUCACUGGGGUUGGGGUAGUAGCCUCACGAAACAGGGCGCCCACUGGAUAUGAUGUGGUUGCCCAGACGACAGACGGCAUGGACGCUGACCUGUGGAAAGACGGCCUUUUCAAGUCCAAGGUGACGCGCUACCUGUGCUUCACCCGCGUCUUCUCCAAAGAGAACAGUCAUUUAGGGAAUGUGCUGGUGGACAUGAAGUUGAUUGACAUCAAGGACACACUGCCUGUGGGCUUCAUCCCCAUCCAGGAGACAAUAGACACCCAGGAGCAGGCGUUCAGGAAGAGGAGGCUGUGCAUCAAGUUCAUCCCGCGGGACUCCACGGAGGCGGCCAUCUGUGACGUGCGCAUCCUGGGCCGGUCCAAGCAGGCCCCACCCCAGUACACCUUCAUAGGAGAGCUGAACAACAUGGGCAUCUGGUACCGCAUGGGCAAGGUGCCCCGGGCCGAGGACUCCUCACCCGUACUGAGCAACAGCAACAACGUGCAGCCCAUCACCACCGCCAACUCCACUCCAGCGCCAGUCAUGCCCAAGCACAUAUCCAUGACCCUACCGGCCAGCUUCAGAGGCAAGAGCACCACCAGGCCCGACUACGAGCACCAGAACUCCAACUUGUACGCCAUCUCAGCGAUGGACGGAGUGCCCUUCAUGAUCUCUGACAAGUUCGCCAGUGCCUCCAGUGACUUACAGCAGGUGGACCUGAUGGGCAUCAACAUCAAGUCCCUGGCGGAGAUUGAGAAGGAGUACGAGUACAGCUUCCGCAUCGAGCACAGCGCAGCUGCCCGUCUGCCUCCCAGCCCCACACGGACCACCAUGGGAGGCUCGGAAGCAUGAGUCGACUCCUCGCCUCCCCCCCCACCCCAGACCCCUCCACCGAGCCCCCAUGGAGGUAGAGGACGAGGAGCAGGAACAACUACUGAGAAGAGGGAGAGAGAGAGGGGGGACCAGCGCCCUCUUCCACAGCCUUUCAUCCACUCAUCUAGUCAUGCAAUGCCCACCACUCUCCCUCAGCCAAUAUGAAAACCAGACGGUCAACUCCGAAAUAAAUGAAUCAGACAGGCAAGUAGGAUGCGCUGGAGUGUUCUUUUUCCAUUUGACUUUGGACUAAGGAGAGAGAGAGAGAGAAGGGGGGCAUGCAGUGCAGACUGAUUUCUGGAGCCCUGGUGACUAGUUCUGGGGUUCUCUUCAUCCCUGCUGCUGGUUGAUUCUGUGAGGAGGAGGAGGAAGAGCGCUGCAGUCGACUGACUCUCUUUCGAAUGGAAACCACUACGUAACGCUACAGAACUAAAAAGGGAUGCCGAGACUCUUCGGCCGUUGGAGGACUUCCAACCAGAAAGCCUUGUGAACUAAAGAAGGAACACACACACACACACACACACACACACACACAUACACACACACAGAUACAAUACCAUAGAUCUGGGCACACUCACACAAACCAAUAUCCCUGACUCGCGAAGACCCACACACACAAACACACAAACACUCCUCCCUCGCUUGCCCUUGUUGGCUCCACGUGGUUCGGCAUUACCCUGGAAACAAACACUUCGUCCUCCAUUGUGAUGUCAUAAAGAAGCAACUGGUUGCCAGAGAGAUAGGCAUUUUCUCCGACUCUUGCUCCAAAAGAGGCCAUGGAUACAGACAGAUGCUACAGGUCUCGGAUCCUUUACGUUUGUGUCGCUUUCAAGUGUUUGCAGGUGGUAAAAAAAAAGCAGGCCUAAGAUACAAUGUGGGAUAUAGCUCCCCCCUCUGGCUAACUUUGACACUACCACUUAUGUCUGAAGAGGCCCCUAUUCAAUUCAGCACAUUGACACCCAUGAACAUCUGAACCUGAUUCUUUUACAUCAUAAAAAGAACACUUAACAUUGCCCUCCCCCAUCCCACUUCAUGUAUGAAUGAGUCAUGGAUGAGGAUUGCUUUGAAGUGUUGAGAUUAUUAUUAUUAUUAUUAUUAUUAUUAUGUUUGUCUUGUUUUAGUUAAACUAGUUCUCUGUCGAGUGCACUAUUAUGAUUUCUUCGAGGUCCCAAUUUUGGUUCACGCCAGGACUUUUUCUUCUCUCCACGGUCAGCCAGACUGGUGGGUCAGAACAUAAACACAACCACUAACAGUCAUGGUCACACAUUGACCAGUGCCCGUUGGCAGGACUCUGAAGGCACGGGUGCUGGACGGGUCUCGUAGCUAUUUUUAUUGUGGCAUUUCAUGGCAUACUUCAAUGUGCUUAUUUCUGUUUACUGUAAUUCCAGUAUUUAUGGUCCACCUUGGUCACAUAAUUCACAUGACUUUUCAUUUUUAAUUAAGUUUCUCAUUUUUAAGAGGUGUGUUUGUGUGUGUGUGAGCGACAGAGAGAAAGGGAGAGAGAUUGCAUGUGUGUAUGUGUGUGUGUGUGUGCACGUGUGCAUGUGUGUAGGUAGUGCUAGUUUAGAAUUUUAAUGUUUAAAAGGCAACAGGAUAAACUCUUCACACACAGUAUUGACAUUGCCUGUUAUGAAAGAGGUCACUUUUUAGAAAAAAAACCUUCCUGUUUUUCCGUUUCUAUGUCUCGAACAAAAGUAGGAGUCUCUAAAUGCCUCUUCUGUUUUGUAAAAAAGAGUGAACUGAAUUAGACUUGAGAAAAAAAAAUCAUAAUUGGCUUGUGAGUGUGCAUGGUUUAUUUUCUUUCCCUCUUUUUUUGUUGUUGCUUAAGCCAGUUCACUGAAGUGUUGACCCUGUGUACUCCUUGUCCUCCAUUGACCCGUGUGUUAGAUGACUGGACCAGUCUUUUCAGGUCACUGCCACUAUUUUUCAGUCACACUUGGAGACUCGCUUGACACUACCCAUAUCAACUCUGUUUACCCAUGACACUCCAGAUGAGAACACGGCACUGCUUGGUUUGGAAGUGUUAACAUCCGUCCGUGUUGUUUGCUGUCGGAAUUAGGGAUUAAUUAUUUGUUUCUAAUUAGUGGAGUGAAUCUAUGCCCUUGCUAGUGUCUACCCUGACCUCUGAGCCAGCCUAAUGGUAAUCACUUUCUUCAAUGUCUUCGGUCAGCUCACCUUUUUGAAAACACACUAACUGCUUGCCGGUCGGUUCGACCCUUUCUCGUGUACGCAAGAAUCUCUCUUCGGUGCAGUGUUGUCUUAACGGGCGGCCGACCAAACUCAGGUGACAUUGUUCUGUUCGGAUACACCAAGUGCUAACGCUCGCCCGUACGAUUCUCAAAUGCGAGCCUCGAAAACCAAUACAUGCACACUGUGAGGCAUCCACUCCGAAAAAAACGUUAGCCACUAAAGUCCCGGUGACGUGGAGUUAUCUCUGGCCACUGUAAGCGCUUGUUGUUCUUUCUAACCCAAGUAGUGAUGACCAAUAGCGUUUUUACCUGUGACUCCACCAAGCCUGAUCGUUAUAUAUAUUGUAUAACCACUCGACUUGUAGAUCUGUACAUGGCCUUAUCCUUUAGGCCUUAUCCUCCAGCACCAUGCUGUCUGCUCUUGCUCCAGCAGCCAUCUUUGACUCUUGCUUACUAGCUAACAUGUCUGUGUGCGCAGGUAGUAUUGUGCAGGAUGAACUCAUUUGACAGUGUUUAGGACAGCAGGUACAGUUUCAAGGGGUGCCUCUGAAAGAGGUUUGAAUUUAAGUUGGCCUUAAGCUCGAACCAGAACAUGAACAACUUUUUCAACUGUUUUAAGAUUAGAACAUGUCCAGUUUUUUGUUUUUAUUUUUAUUUUCAUUAUUAUUAUUGUUUAAUCGAAGUUCAAAUAUAGACUAACUGUAUUGUUAGUAAUAUGUCCAAGGCAACUUGAUAUUGUGUUGAAGGCCAGAGAAUUCAAGAUGCUGUGAAGAUGAUUGACAGCCACUAGAAGCUCUCAUGUCAUGGCACCAUCAUUCUCAAAUAGUCGACAUUCGUGCACCCAGAACGCAAAGAACAACUUUUACUGAUAAACCAUCUUCUUUUUUUCUUUCGUUUGUUUUGCCUUUUGGGUGAAUUACAUAUGUGUUAGUCAUUUUUUUGGACUGUGUCGUGUAAAUACACUAACUCCCACGUGGUUGUUGUUCAUUGCUUAACUGUUAACUAAUAUGCUUUUUUCAUACAUGUAUAAAUGUAUAUAAUACUGUUGACUGGUUUGUGUGAUGCUCAUUUUUCUGUGAAAAUAGCUGCACGUUUGCCGUGUUCUGUGUGCUGUGUAGGGAACCUGUUGCGGCCACCACUGUGGUGUACACACAGCAUCCUGUGGAAGCCUGCUCUGGUAACAUCCCUGUGUGUGCUCUUAGAGAGCCAUUCGGGAAAAAAAAGAAAGAAAAAAACAUCCAACGUUAACGCACAAGCCACACAAUCACUUUCAUGGUUCCAAAGCCUAAUUCCCUUGUGUGUUUCAGUCAGUAAAAGUCAAUAUGGGG